AGGCGAGCCGCUGCCAAGCGGCGUGUGACCGCAAGAUGGAGAGCUCUCAGCGAGCACGGGCCCACGGGCCCGUUCGCUAGUGCGCUAUCGAUUGCAACUUCUGAAAAAGUUUCUGGAGGAAGGCACUGCGACUGAACGUCCACCGCAUAGCACUUGCCUUUCCGUCCUGGGUGCCAUGAUACUGCAGCGUGCCUGCCAUUGAACACCCAGCCCUCCUUUGCACCCGCGCCCGCCUCUCGCGCACUCCUAGCCAUGGCGCCCGCGCCGACCAGCACCAAGUGGACGACCGAGUUCGACACGGCGCGCCGCCAGAAGCUUUUCCAGAACCCGCCCAAGGAUUGCACCGCCUACCCGACGCUCGCGGCCGCUGUCGACCCUCACAUCCACUCGUUCAACCAGAUCUUUGCGAAGGGCGGCCAUAUCGAUGAAGCCAUCAAGGAGAUUGGCACCAAGGUCUUCCUCGAUGGCGACCCAUAUGCGCAGCCCGAGGACGUGGGCCGCCGCAACAGACUGAGCGUCAAGAUCAUGGACGUGUUCCUGGACAAAUCGGUGCUGCCUCCGACCAACAAGGUUUCGAUCAGCAACCGCAACAUCCUCCCCGCCGAGUGCAGAGAGCGACAUGUCAGUUACCGGGGGAAGCUGCGCGCGCGUGUGCACUACCGGAUCAACAAUGGAGACUGGUUGGAGACCGUGCGCGAGCUUGGACAGGUGCCCAUAAUGCUCAAGUCCAACCGGUGCCAUCUUGAGAACAUGACCCCCGCUCAGCUGUACAAGGCCAAGGAAGAAACGGAGGAAUUUGGCGGAUACUUCAUCGUGAAUGGCAUCGAGAAGAUCAUCCGCAUGCUAAUCGUUCCCCGCCGCAAUUACCCCAUGGCCAUCCAGCGUCCCUCGUACACGAACCGUGGACCUGGCUACUCCACUCUUGGCGUGGAGAUUCGCAGCGUCCGCCCCGACCAGACGUCACAGACCAAUGCACUCCACUACCUGAACGAUGGCAACGUCAACUUGCGAUUCUCAUGGAGAAAGGCCGAAUACCUCAUCCCAGUCAUCAUGGUUCUCAAGGCACUAGUUGAGACGAACGACCGCGAGAUUUUCGAAGGCAUUGUUGGCACCGCAGACUCCGAGGGACUGGCCGAGAAGCAAUUCGUGACCGAUCGGGUGGAAUUGCUUUUGCGCACUUACAAGGUUUAUGGGUUACACUCCCGAGCCAUGACCAGGGCUUACCUCGGUGAGAAGUUUAGGGUGGUUUUGCAGAUUCCGGAGGACCUCAGCGAUGAAGACGCGGGUACCGAGUUUUUGAGGAAGAUCAUCCUGCCACAUCUGGGCGCCUACAACGUCAAAGAACAGAACGAUGCCGACAAGUUCCGAAUGCUGUUGUUCAUGGUUCGCAAGCUAUACUCGCUUGCUGAGGGUGAAUGUGCAGUGGAAAAUCCUGACGCUGUUCAGAACCAAGAAGUUCUCCUCGGUGGGCAGCUGUAUGGAAUGAUCAUCAAGGAAAAGAUGGACGAGUGGCUGAACUCGAUACGAUUUCCCCUGCAGGAAUGGGGACGCAAAAACGAAUUCAAGCCAUUCACCUCGAACGACUUCCAGAAAGACUUUUUGGGCAAAAUUUUGAAGAGGGCGCAGGGUGAAGAUGUUGGCCGCGCUAUGGAAUACUUCCUCUCGACCGGAAAUCUCGUCAGUCCUACCGGUCUCGAUCUGCAACAGACGGCGGGAUUUUGUGUAGUUGCAGAAAAGCUCAACUUCUACCGAUUCAUCAGCCACUUCCGCAUGGUGCAUCGUGGCGCCUAUUUCGCACAAAUGAAGACGACCACGGUACGCAAAUUGCUCCCGGAAAGCUGGGGCUUUCUGUGUCCGGUGCACACCCCUGAUGGUGCGCCAUGUGGAUUGCUCAACCAUUUUGCGCACAAGUGCAAGAUAGCGACGAAAGGUCUGGAUGUGUCAGCGAUUCCACAGGUCGUUGCCCAGAUGGGCGUAUCGAGUAAAGCAUCCGCAUCUUUGGAUGCAAGUGUGGUUGUACAACUUGACGGUCGCAUUCUUGGUUUCUGCUCACCCAAGCAAGCCAAGGUCAUCGCGGAUACUCUUCGCUACUACAAGGUUGAAGGGACACACAAUAUACCGCUUGAGCUCGAAAUUGGCUAUAUUCCCAACUCUAAUGGCGGACAAUAUCCAGGAAUCUUCAUGUCAUCGCAGUCCGCAAGGAUGUACAGAGAGGUCAAAUACCUGCCGCUCGACAAGCUGGACUACGUGGGACCGUUUGAGCAGCCCUACAUGUCAAUAGCGUGCACAGAUCCUGAGGUCGUGUCCGGUGACUCCACGCACGUCGAAUUCGACCCCACUAACAUAUUCUCCAUUGUCGCGAACAUGACCCCCUUCUCUGACUUCAACCAAUCACCGAGGAACAUGUACCAAUGCCAGAUGGGAAAACAAACGAUGGGAACACCUGCAACCGCCCUGCGAUACCGAACAGACAACAAGACCUACCGCUUACAGACUGGCCAAACACCGAUCGUGCGACCACCACUCCACAACGAGUACGGAUUCGACAACUUCCCCAACGGGACGAAUGCUGUUGUGGCUGUCAUCUCAUACACCGGGUACGACAUGGACGACGCUAUGAUUCUCAAUAAAUCGGCACAUGAGCGUGGUUUUGGCCACGGCAGCAUCUACAAGACUAAAAUCUGCGACCUCGCGGAGGGCCAACGCAAGUCGAGAUCUGCAAAGACAAUGAACAGGCUUUUCGGGUUCGCGCCUGAGGGUGUCGUGAAGGCAAGUUGGAGAGAAACGCUCGAUGAUGACGGCUUGCCUAGAGUUGGCACCAUGCUACGAUCAGGCGACUAUCUUGCUGCGUGGCACAACGUUUCGUACGAUCAGACUCAAGAUGACUACAUCAACCUCGAUGGCCAGACACAGUUUUUCAAAUACAAAGAGGAUGAGCUCGCCUUUGUCGAGGAAGUUCGUGUCAUUGGAUCAGAAACGGCUGCGGAUCCAUGCCAGAAGCUUAGCAUCAAGCUACGUGUUCCCCGCUCUCCCGUCAUCGGAGACAAGUUUUCCUCUCGCCACGGACAAAAGGGUGUCUGCUCGCAGAAAUGGCCCGCCAUCGACAUGCCUUUCUCCGAAUCUGGUAUCCAACCCGAUAUCAUCAUCAACCCUCACGCAUUCCCGUCACGAAUGACGAUCGGUAUGUUUGUUGAGUCGCUUGCCGGUAAAGCCGGUGCGUUGCACGGCAUAGCCCAGGAUUCAACACCAUUCCGCUUUGACGAGCAGAACACGGCGGUUGAUCAUUUCGGUCAUCAGCUCAUGAAGGCCGGUUACAAUUAUUAUGGUAACGAGCCUAUGUACAGUGGCAUUACGGGUGAAGAGCUCGCUGCCGAUAUCUACAUUGGUGUUGUAUACUACCAGCGUCUCAGACACAUGGUCAACGACAAGUACCAGGUUCGAACUACAGGUCCUGUCAACUCGUAUACCGGGCAGCCCAUCAAGGGUCGUAAAAAGGGCGGUGGUAUCCGUGUCGGAGAGAUGGAGCGCGAUUCGCUGCUCGCCCAUGGAACGGCAUUCCUGCUGCAGGACCGCUUAAUGAACUGCUCCGACUAUACCAAAGCUACCCUCUGCCGCAGCUGCGGCUCCUUCCUCUCCACAACGCCAACGGUCAACGAAUACCAGAGGAAGAACAGCAAGGUAUUUCAGGUCCGGUGUAGGCGUUGCGCUAAGUUGGCUGACAGCGCCGCGCCCAAAACCGAGGUGUGGUCUGAUGGCCAAGGUCUCAGAUAUCAGGGCGGUGACGAUGUCACAACUGUGGCAGUGCCGGGUGUGCUGAAAUAUCUUGAUGUGGAGCUGGCGAGCAUGGGCAUCAGACUUAAGUUCGAGGUCAACCCUUGAGCUUAGAUACUGGUACAGAAGGUGGCUGUGGCAUUGCAUGGAACGGCGUUUUCUUCUUGAACGGCAGUGUAAAAGUGGGUCAUUUAGCGGCAUCGCGGCGUUAGAUGACAUAUGAAAUAUGCUU